AUGGAAACUGAUUCUGAAAACUCUGCUCAUCAAUCAGUCAAUGGAGGUAACUUUGAUCCAUAUUUUGUUGCUAGUUCAGAUAAUCCUACUUCAUCUCUGGUUGCUAGAGCACUAAUAGCUAAGAAUAAAGAAGGUUUCAUUAGUGGUGAGAUCACAAAGCCUGCUGUGAAUCAUAAGGAUUAUCCUAAGUGGAAACGAGCUGAUUUUAUGGUGGUGAGUUGGAUCCUGAGUUCAAUGAAUAGUGAACUUGCUGAUGAUUUUGGAUAUAUAGAUAAUGCUAGAGAAUUGUGGAAAGAAUUAGCUGAAAGAUUUGGUCAAUCUAAUGGACCUCUGAUUUAUCAGUUGAAGAAAGAGAUUGUCAAUCUUAAUCAAGAAAAUUUGACUAUAGUCACAUAUUAUGGGAAGCUAAAGAAACUGUGGGAUGAAAUGCAGAAUCUGAGAGUUUUUCCUACUUGUAUUUGUGGAGCUCUAAAUACUUGCAGUUGUAUGUUCUUGAAGAAAAUUGCUGAGUUUGAAGAAGAAGACAAGAUGAUGAAAUUUCUACUUGGAUUGAAUGGAGGAUAUGAGAACACUGUCACAAAUGUGUUAUCUAUGGAUCCAUUACCAAGUAUCAAUCGAGUUUUUGCUAUUACUCAGCAAAUAGAAAAACAGAAGGAAGUGAAUAAUAUGAUCACUGAAACUAAUGCUCUAAACAGCAGUGCAAUGGCUGCACAAACUCACAAAUCUGCACAGUAUCAGAAGUUUGGUGGUAGUUUUGGAAAGAAAGACUGGAAGGAGUUGAAGAAGGAAAAGAUGUAUAUAGUCUGCACACAUUGCAAAGGAAAAGGUCAUACAGCUGAUCAGUGUUUCAAACUGAUUGGUUAUCCUGAUUGGUAUAAUUCAAUCAAAGCAUCCAAACCUUCACAAGCACAUGGAGACAGACUUGCUGCUAAUGUUUGUUCUUCUGCAAAUGGUGACACUCCCUUGGAUGAUGAUAUUUCUGGAAACACUGGAGGUGUCAGCAAUGAGAUGCUCAAUGCAAUUUGUCAUGAGGUUUUGAAAGCAAUACAGGGUAAACAGAUGCAGAAUGGGGAUGCUAGUGGAGCAAACUGUUCUUAUGCCAAUUAUGCAGGUAUAAUCUCUCAUUCAUUCAACUGCACUGUGAAUAAAUCUCAUGAUAAGUGUCUUUAG